CUGUAAAUGGAGUAGACGAAGCUUGACUGGAGCGAGACUAGCGCGAGUCGAGAUCCCUGCCGAAAAUAAAUCUCAAGUCGAACUUUCUUGUUGCGAACGACUACCACCACCAUUGCGACUUCUCGAUAACCGGGACAGUCACUCCACGCAAUGGCCAAACGAACCGUUUUCGAGGCCAACCCAAAGGCUGCGCAUACGGGCCGCCAUACCAAGCGUCAACGUACCGAAAAUCAAUACGAGCGGGAUUCGCCAGCGACCGGCGGCGCUGUACUGGCGGAGACCGAGGUCACCUCCGCCCGACAGCUGCAAAAAGACCUGGUAUUCGACCAAAGUUCAGCCCCAAGCUUUCGCACUGGCCUCGGUGUGAUCAAACGGUUCCUCGAUUCCAUACUGUACUCCGCAGACCAAGACUCUCUGCCCCGCAAGCGCGCCAUCCUUCGUGAAUAUCUCGAUACACAGAAAGCCCAAGGGAAGAGCGAGAAAGACACUACUCUGUUGGCACACUUCGUACAAGCUUGGGACUAUGCAGCCGAAACUAAUUUCGAGGCCUUGUUAGCUCAGGUCACUGCAGUCCUUGCCUUGCUUUUCAAGGUUUUCGCUUCCCAUAACGACUUUAUCCCGUAUGGGUCGCUUCUCUGCAAGACGGUACUCCAGCCUGCUGUUGCGCGGCGUCUAGUCCGUAGCUUGUCAGCCCCUACCCAAAAGGAACAGGUCAUUCUACCCGCCCUGCGACUACUCAUCGAAAUCACAAAGUUUAACGAUGGCGCCUACGCCAGGACAGUAUAUGCAAGAAAAGACUUCACUCUUGAGCCUAAGAUAUUGGCAAGAAACAUCGCUGCUUGGAAGAGCUCGACAGCGCAGACUGCCCUUGAUUUACAGCGAAAGCCCAGCGUCAGGACUACUUCCGUACGAUAUCUGCUAGCCCAGCUGAAACACCAAGAUGAAAAAGCCAAAACGGAGAUCAUGUCCAACAAAGACGUUGUUCGUGCGGUUCUCGAUCAUCUCACCACUGACCCACCUUUCCUCAUCGCUGAAAUAUUUGACGUCUUAAAAAACCACAUCUUCCUGGACAAGGCUAUCCCACGUCACGUCAAAAGCCGAAUUCUGAAUGGAAGAGCUCUGAAUCACAUUGCUGCUCUUUACCGCUACGAAACGCCGAAGGAUACAGUAGAAGAAGGCCAGAAGACCCCAGACGUACUUGCGCACGACUUUCUUUGCCUAGUGUGUACAUCGCCAGCAUAUGGCAUUAUGCUCCCAACCCAAGGCUUCUACUCCCAUACCACUGAAGAUGAUGAUGGAGAUGCGCUGAUGGAUGAUCUCUUUGACAAUGAUCUAAGUCUUGAUACUGUGGACCAGAGACCGGGACCUGUACGCAAUUUGAUUUUGGCAGAAUUUCUUCAGUCUCUUCGACCUUACGCCAAUACCCAGCAUCAGGCGUUAGUCGUGGAAAUCUUCAGAGCUUGUCCGGAGCUGGUAGCCAACUACUUUUACCAAAAGCAAGAUUUCAAUUUUGAACCGAAACUCACAUCCACCUGGAUCGGCUUCUCUGCUUUUCUUUACCAGACGAUUGAGCUUCCGGUACCUGGCUUUUUGGGUGCGUCAAAAGGGUAUCGUGACCAGCCGCCACCGGUUCUAAACCUUCUGCGAAAUAUCAUACCGCAGCCCCUUACCCAACAUGUUCUUGUCAAAUGCUUGAACAGCAGUUCGGAGUUGAUCUCGUUUUUUGCCGUUCGCAUCCUAGUAGUUGCCUUCCAAAAGUUGCAAGCUGUCUUGAAGAUAAUCGAAGCUGCUCGUAUAUCGAAGCGCUCUAGUUCGUGGGUUGCCACGGCAAAACGACUUGUCGGCGACUUCAGCAAACGCUGCCCGCCAAUGAAGACAGUGAUCGUAGCUUUCAGACAGCCGACCUUCCAGAGCGGCGUGAAACGAGAAGCCAUUACCAGACUCUUGAGGCUGUACUAUGAAGUCACGCCGCAAGUGGCACUCCAGGAAAAGUUCGAUGUGUCGGUACCACUUUGCCACGCAUUAACACAGGCCGAGAAACCUACGCAGUCGGCAGAGGAAAAGGCGUUUGGUAUAAUGGAACUUGAGCACUGGAUCAAGAUGGCGCAAUACACGCCAUCGAUGCGCUGGUGGCAGAAAAGCAAAACCCUACGUCAUUCGCCCUUCGUGAUGCUUCUGAAACUGGUGGCCUCCUCUGCAGAAAGCGAGCUUUACGCCGGCAUCAAGACUCUUUUGGUAACUCUUGUGCGGGACUAUGAUAUUUUGCAACUGCAAACGUCCCCUGAUGCGCUCGAUGCUUUAAUAGCAAGCCUUGAUUCAUCUUGCGGAUCAUCUUUGAGCGUGCUUGAGUUUCUCGAUGACUGCGUGGCGCGUUUCGUCAAAGGACCCAUCAAAUACUUCGACGACUUCGAUACAACAUUACAGAAGAAUCAGCGGUCAACUUCCGAUGCUGGGCCUUUCAGUCCGUUACUAAUGACAUUGGUAGAGCAAUGGCCCUUCAGAGGAGGCAAGCCCGAGAAGGGAAGUCCUGCAGAAACAUUAGCUCAAUGGCUGGCAAAGAUUCUGUAUCUUUUCAAACUCAUAGGAGAAGACGAGGCAGCACUUGAAAUGGUGCGCGAUUCGCUUGUAGAUUCGGCCGAUGCUGCAUACAAAGAUGUGUUGAAAGAUUCGUUUCUUUGGAAGAUGGGGAAAGAAAAGGCCAAAGAGGCUCUCAAACUGGCAACUGGUGUUGAUUUCAGCGGUUCGGAACGGUCAAUGACAUCUCCGGCGCCGGUGCAACAGGAUGAGCCCGUGCAUUUCCCCGUUGUGGACCUCGAGCUACCACCAGAGGAAGACGAGAAGCAUCUUGGCCUCAAUCGAUGGAGGAAGAAGGACGUACAGGAGGCCAUGGAAGAUGGAGAUAUCGGCGAUCUGAUUCUGUGUCUCUGCUCCAAACACUUCGAAAUCCGCUUGCAGGCUACCACCAGCAUGCGUCAAUUGAUGGCAUCUCUUGAUAGAGACAACCCGGACGUCCAGCAACUGUACCUCGUUCUCGGUGAAACAUUAGAGUCGCUCGCGAAAUAUGUCAACGCCCCCUUUCCUUAUGUGGGUGGUGUGUUUGCAGCCCGUUGCGUCACUAUUAUCGCCGAUCCUUCGCACUUCCUCUACCCCAAGAUCAGCGCCUUUCUUACCAAACGACCCGAAUGGCCGGUUUCCAACCUCCCCCGUAGAUUCUCCAAGAUCAUUCUGCUCUCGCCUCCGGAACAAGACGGAUCCUACCACAAAGAAGUCGACUGGUAUAUGGAUUACAUGCUUGACUGCCUCCGCACAGCGGCUGACAUGGAGAUUUUUCGGACCAAUAAUAUCUUCGAAAGGCUGCUAAGCCAUUACGUUUCUAAAUCGUGUUCGAUCCAUACCAAAGAGAAGAUCGUGCGGUUGUUGCUUAGAGCAGUCGCAGUGGGUGGGGCUACCACGCUUAUAACGCGCUGCGGAGUCGUAGAAUGGGUGCGCAUCAUGUUGGACCAACGGGACCAUCGGGGCAAGAGCCUGAAGGUGCUUGUAGAGAAGCUUUGGGAAAACUGCGAUAGAGAGAAGGUUGCGGGGUGGAGCAGUGGAACUAUGGAGGAAUUGAUUGCCGAUGUGGGGAAGGUUGUGGUUUGA